AUGCCCAACAACACAUCUACUAUGAGCAACUUCCAAACAAACAUUCAUGAGGGUGAAUAUGUACCCACCUCACGAAGUAAACUACCGCUAAGCCAUGAAACUUCGGUCCUGCAAUCCAAAAUACACAGCCCAAGAGCAUCAACUCCAAUCAGAUUGAAUAGUCCACACAUGUCUAUGGCAGAAUUGGCUAUUGUGAAUAAUAACAUAAUAUCAUCACAAAGCCUACAUGAGCAGAGGUCUACAAAUACUAGUAACGAUGUACAUGACGAAGCUUCUGCAUAUCGUCAGCAUUUGAAAAAUAGUAUCAACAAUAACGCCGCAGCAGCGCCAACAUCUCCGACGCCACAGUUUUCCAACUUUGAGAACGGCCGAGAUAUUGUGAUAAAUUCUCCUCCAUUACCGCCAUCAACUCCAAAUUCCGUUGAUGUAGAUGGAAUGCCAGUUUCUGUACCGGCAACCCUACCGAAACUUGUACACAAAUGGACCCACACACAUUCAAUUCUCUGCUGCAUUUCUUCGCCAGCUAACAACUUGCUAUUUUGUGGGACUCAGGAUGGGAAAGUAUUGAUAUUUGACGUGUUGACGUACAGUUUGAAACACGAAAUAGAUCGAAGUGAUAAUCCACAUCAAAACAGUUCGAUCUUGAGCAUUUGUGUAAAUAAGAAGGAGGAUACUUUAUUCGUGGCAGGCUCGGAUUCUUUGGUCAAGGUGUAUGACUUCAAGACUGGAUUUCAGUGCACGCAUGUCAUUUACUCAUUGGUUGAUAUCGGCGAUAUAUUCUCCCUUGCAUGGUGCGACAGAUUACAAACGUUGGUUAUAGGGGCUCAAAAUGCCAGUAUUCUAUGGUGCAGGUUGUUUGUGGCAAAUGAGAACUCGAGAAGAGCCAACUUGGAAAAUUUGCCCCAUUUUAGAUACGACAAGUUUUUUGACUCAAAGGGGCCAGGUGGUUCUCAAAAUACAUUGCAAACAAGACACGAACUAAUGAGAAGAAACUCAAGGCACUCGACUCCUGUGGAUGAAAGCAAACCCGUGGUGAGUUUCAUUGAAUGUAAACCGGAGGAUAUUGUGAGAUUUGCCCAUAACGGAUACGUCUAUUGUCUUGAUAUUGUUGACACGGCAAUUGGCCAUUUUGGAGAAGGAAAAUUCAUCGUUUCAGGUGGUGGUGAUGGAGUAGUCAACAUAUGGGCAAUCAGACUGAAAAAAUUGCACAAGUUGGCAUCAUUGCAAAAUGACGAGUCUGUGCUAUCAAUGACAAUACAGGGAUCAUUACUUUAUGUUGGAUUGGGGGACUCUUGUAUCAAUGUAUGGGAUUUGUUGACAUUGCAAAUGAUUAGAUCGUUUGUAUUCAACAAGGAAGGGAUGAAUGAAGUUUUAAGCUUGGGUGUUUAUAGAGAUACAUUGUACAAAGCUUGUUCAGGUACAGGAUUGGUGAAACUUACCAUGAAGCACAAGAAUGUUGCUGACAGUGUCGUUAUGAGUUCCGAUCAAGAGGAUGGCAUUAUAAACACGGUCUCCACGUUCAAGUUAAACAAUGAAGCAUAUUUGUUAGCAGGCGGGAACAAGUCUUUGACAUUGUGGAACGUCUCCGAGGAUGAAGAUGGCACCGACGAUUUCAUGCAGAGUUCAGGCUCAACAUUGGCCACUUUGCCUAGUUUACAAAAGAGUAUUCGAUUGAGCGAUAAUGACUUGUUGUCAAUGUUGAAAAGAUUCAUUUCUUACAAAACAAUCUCAAAGAACCCGCAACUUUACCUUGAAGAUAGUCGUCAUUGUGCAAAAUUUCUAUCACAUUUGCUAACAAAAUUUGGGUCCUACCAAACAAAUUUGUUGCCGGUGGAAAAUGGUAAUCCGAUUGUAUUUGCCGAGUUUAAGCGAAACUGUUCAACACCUGUGACCAAGCAUGAACGUGUUUUGUACUAUGGUCAUUAUGAUGUAGUUGACGCGACGAACCAUGAAGCUAGAGAUUGGAGUACGAAUCCGUUUGAAUUGACGGCAAAAGAAGGAAACUUGUACGCGCGAGGAGUUAGUGACAACAAGGGGCCAAUACUUGCUGCUAUUUACGCCGUUGCUGACCUUUAUCACAAGCAAGAGUUGAGCUGUGACGUGGUGUUUAUUAUUGAAGGGGAAGAGGAAUGUGGCUCCACAGGCUUUCAAACUGUGAUUCAACAACACAAGAGCUUAAUUGGUGACAUUGAUUGGAUUUUGUUGAGCAACUCCUAUUGGUUGGACGACAUUACACCUUGCUUGAAUUAUGGACUUCGUGGACUCAUCAAUGCCAAUGUCAUCAUCAAGUCAGACAAACCUGAUCGUCACUCGGGGGUUGAUGGGGGUGUUAGCAGAGAACCAGUUAUGGAUAUGAUGCAAAUUUUGACCACUUUGAUUGACCCCUUAACGCAAAAGAUUCAAAUUGAAGGUUUUUACGAUGACUUGUUACCACUUUCACAACUGGAGAAGGCUUUGUAUGACGACAUCAAGAACAAAUUUCAACAAAAUGUCGACAUAGAUGUGUUGCAAGCCAAAUGGCGUCAACCAUCAUUAACUGUUCACAAGAUUCAAGUUUCUGGUCCAAAUAACAAUACAGUCAUUCCACAACUAGUCAAUGCUACAAUAUCGAUGCGUAUAGUUGCAAAUCAGGAUUUAACCACAAUCAAACAAAAGUUGGUUGAUCAUUUGACUACAGCAUUUAACAAUUUGAAAUCAGAUAACCAUUUGAAAAUCAAUAUUUUUCAUGAAGCGGAGCCCUGGUUGGGAGACCCAUCAAACAAAUUGUAUCUGAUACUAUACAAAAACUUGCAAUCGCAUUGGCGACAAGAUCCGAUCUUCAUUCGAGAAGGCGGAUCUAUUCCAUCUAUCCGGUUUCUUGAAAAAUGCUUCAAUGCACCCGCGGCACAAGUUCCGUGUGGACAAGCUAGUGAUAAUGCCCAUUUGAAAGAUGAGAAGUUGUGUAUUGUAAAUUUGUUCAAAUUGAGACUGAUUUUGAGCGAUACUUUGAAAGAGUUGGGUAAUUUGGAUUAA